GCCUAUUUGAAAUUUGCCCGCUACCACGACUGUGUACUUACUACUCGAAUGUAAUAUGCCAUUUGCCUCUCAUUCGUCCUGAAGGACAAAAUUUUUCGACGUUUUCCAUCCGCCAACUGAACAGUCGAGUUUAGUGUUAUGUGAAUGUAUUAUGAAGCGGCGCAGAACGUGGGAUUUAGAAGCAGCUGUUGCACGUGUUCGUCGAAUACCCCAACCUUAUCCUGCUUCUUUAAAAGGUCCAACAAGCGUUAGAAAAAUAUUCCGUAAGCAAGAAGAUGCCAUCACGUUUGCAAAACAGUUUGGUGAGGAGAUGAUGGUGUUCAGUUAUGAAAGUUUAUCCGUUGGAAACGAAGGUCAGCGUAUGUUUCUAGCCUCUGGGAUUCAUUCAUUCUUCCACUCUUACAAGCAAAUGGAUCCUUCUUCUCGGUGUCACUAUGAAGUGAUCAUGGUAGACACACCGGCUAAAUUGUAUUUGGAUUUAGAAUUUUGUAAGCUAUCCAAUGAAAAUAAAAACGGAGAGGAAGCUGUGGGUAGCUUUUUGAAAGCUUUGUUUGCUUGUAUCGAAUUUUUCUAUGGGAUAAAAAUUAGCCUCAAUGAAGUGCUUACUUUAGAUGCGAGCACCUCAAAGAAAUUCAGUCAGCAUAUUAUAAUCAAUAAUGCCAACCUUAUUUUUCAAACAAAUUUAGAACAAGGUCAAGUUAUUCGGAUACUUUGUAAAUGUUUAUCACAGUACAGCUUAUUGAAUACAGAUUUAGCGUAUACAGAUGAAUGUUGUCAUUGUGUAGUGCAAAUUUCUCAGAUUACACAAAUUAUGUUCCCAGAAAUCGGUUUUACCGAAAAUGAUGCUAAAAAUUGUUUUGCUCUGCCUAAAGAUGCUCAGUCUAGUGAUAAUAAUAAGAAUCAGUUAUGGAAAUGUAUAUGUGAUUUAGGCGUAUAUACACGUAAUCGAAAUUUUCGUUUAGCCGGAUCCUGUAAACUAUCCGGUAGUGGAUUAUUAUUGCCUUAUAAUGUAGUGGAUAAAAAUGCAGAAUUUUCAAGUAUAUGGCCAGAUUGGCGAUCAUGGGCGCUUACACUUGUUACCUAUAUUGAUAACAAAUGCUCUCAUCUUUUAAACCGUCCAGUGCAAAAUUGUUGUUGUGGCAACUCUUCAUUUACUGGCUCCGUUUCUGUCAAAUUCUCGUUUGAUCCAGACUUAGAUACAUUUCUAAACAAAAGCACUGAUCAUGUAUACCAUUCAUUGCCAACAAAUUUCCAUGCUUUCGUAAAAAAUGUCGUAUCGGAAUGGUUUAGUCGGGGAUUGACUACUGUUCAAACUGUUGCCAGUAAUACUGCCUUGUGUAUUUCUGAUAAUCAAAUGAAAAUUACUUCUCUUAGUGAAGGGAAAUUUUGUAUUAAAGUUGAAAAAUUGCGUUAUUGUGAAAGAAUCGGUCGUGCACAUAAAAGUAAUCAUAUUAUGUAAGCUGUGUAUUUGUAUGCUACGUUUUAUAACAAUGUUGUUAGCCCUACCGAUGUUUAUUCGAAUUUAUUAUUUUCGUUUGUUUCCAACCUGUUGGCGAAGAUUUCGGCAGGUGUAUGUGCGAUGCUUUUUGACUCAAGAUGUGACCUUCUGUCUUGUUGUAGUGUUUAUUUUCUUAUUUCGAAGCAAUGCUUUCCUUAUUCUAUUCAAAAAUACAUUAUAACUCCUCAGCAUGGAGUAGAACAGACCAGUUUAGCUAAUACAAAAUGUUUGAUAAGAUCGUUUAGCAGUAAACAGUAAGGAUAAAGCGAUAAACAGAAGUAACUUAUCUUUAAACAUGUGCCGUAUUAGCACAACACAUUUUUGACGUUUCGAUCACAUACUUACUUGGCAUACAUAUUUAUAUAAAGGGGCGAAAUUAAAUCAAUAUAGGUCAAAAUGUUUAGGAGUCAAGAUUAUAGGUAAGAUUUGAGAAAACAGAUGACUGAAAAUAUUAUUACGUAGAAUAACCCUUUGUAUUAAAGUUGGUUACUAGUAUACAAGUUUAUUGUAAGAACAAAUAAUUUUUGAACACAUAAAACAGGAUUAAGCCUUCUUAUGGCUCUAAGACUUCGAGUUUAAGUAUAUGACUCAAACUCGUGAUUUAUAUAUAUAUAUAUUUUUAAAGGGGCUAUUGAAAU